AUGAGCGAAGCUAUUGAUAUACCGAGUGUAGAUGCCCAAGGCGUCGCCCGCGAGCUGUCUCGGUCUCCCUCUCUCUCGCCUACGCCCGCCAUAUCCUCCUGUCCCUCGCCGGGCCGCACCUUUUCGACCGUCUCGUCCAUCUCGAACUUCUCGGGCGAUGCGAGGUCGUCUGUUCUCUCGUCUGUCUCGACGGGCUCCCGCAGGAGAGGCUACGUACGUCCGCAGGGCGCCACGUUUGCCGAGUCAGCGAAGAACCGGGAGAGUGUGAUGAGUUUAGGCAGCAUUGCCCACCUUCAGUACUACUUUGCUCGGACGGGGCUGCUGGACGGGAAGGGAGCCCAGAUGGCCAGGGCUAAGAAGAAACCUACGGAGGUAGAUGUACCGAAGCUCACGCUCAGUCAAGAGGUACAUCUGGACGGCGACCUGGUUGAGAGCCCCAUUGAAGCGUUUGGGGAGUUUGGAGCAGACAAUGACACUGCUGGGUGGGAUGAAGACGAACAUGAACCGCUUAUGCUGCCACCAACAGUGAGCACAUACAGCAUAAAGACACACUAUAUACCGCCGCCACCGGACCUGACUGCCCUCAGACAUGAUCUACAGACUGCUCUGGAGAAGGCGAGGAACGUCCUGACGGCGAGCAAGGAUGAACUGGCAGCCCAGCAGCUGGCGGCGAGCGAGCUAACUACGAACGAAGAGAAGGAAGAUGGACUGCCACAGGCAGAAGCAGAAGCAGAGGCAGAGGCGGAGGUAGAUGAAGAUGAGAGUAAUAAAGACGAAAAGAAGAAGCAGACUCCCUCGAAGAAGCAGCAGCAGCAGCAGAAAGGCUGGGAUGAGAUACAGGGGAUGCAUAUACUCGAUCUGGUCACUCUGGCCAUACGAGCAGCGAGGAUCUACUAUACUGCCCAUGAACACCCUGAGCGACUGGCCCUGAUCAAGAGCGAGAAGGAGAUCAGAAGCGAGCUGCUGUCUGUACUAGAGGUGCUGAAGAGGUGGGCGUCACGGUCGUUUGCCGGCGGACUAAAGGACAAGGAACGGUCCUCGAUCCUCGACUGGAUCGACGGCAUCGAGCGUGAGAGGGAGUAUCAGUUCUUGCAGAAUCUGCCCUCUGGGGUGGCCAACCCGCUGCCUGCCUGGGAUGACCCUGCACUGCAGGACGACCAAGCGCUGCCCACGGCCUUCCUGGCCCGUCUGCGGGACGGCCGGGACCUGGUACGCUUCCACAACGAGGCCGUCAAGCUGUCGUACCGUCCCUUUGGCGAGAUCAAGACGUUCCACCAAGACGUGGCCAAACCGUACCGGAUGGCUGACAACCUGCGCUACUGGGUCAAGGCGGCCGAGAUACGCUGGGAGAUGCGUCUGGAGGUCGACGUGAUGGGCGUAGUGACCGGGGACAAGCCGGAGGCCUGGAGGGGCUUUGAUGCUGCCAUCCUGCAGUGGUGCCGGGGAGUCAGGGAGGAGGUGAUGAGUGAUUGGAGCACUCGUGAGAAUGAAACCGGAGUCAAAUCUCCUUCGUCACUCACCCCAUACGGAUGA